AGCACUGAAGGCAGCAUGGGGGCGCUCCCUUUACCUCGUUAUCAUUGAACAACCAAUUUCCGGGUUGGCCAAAUUUAGUACAAAUAGGACGGCAUACAUGAAAAUCUAACACGUAUAGGAAUAAGUGGUCGCUAGCAAGGAGGGGGAAACGCGUUAUUAACUGGAGAAUAUAUGGUCAAAUUUUCACGGACAGGUGUCUGUAUACCGGUACGGUAGGGCGGGAUUGUACCGAAGACUCCCUGGCCCUCGUGCCCUCACCGGGAAACCUGGGUAAUAAGGCGAAGGGUGGACAGUGUUGUACGCGCCCAAAAUCUUACACCACACGCCGAGAUGUGAACUGUGGUCAGUUUACAAGAAUACGAUAUCUCGAUAUCUCACGCUAUCCACAGGUCAGUGGUCAGCCGCUUUAGCCACACACAUUGUCUCGACCGACCAGUUCACCAUAUACCUGCCUAUACAGCGAUAUUAGGGUAUGGACCACGUAGCUAUUUACAAACCACUGCGCAGAUAGAUGUUAAUUGUCAAGAGCCAGAUGAUUUCAGUCUAGGAUUAAACGAGGACAAAAUGAAACCUCAGAAUCGACCAAUCAAGCGAGUGGGGAUUGUGGGUACUGGAAGUUUCGCAGCAGCGGUGACGAAUCGCCUCUUGUGCAGCGGAUAUGACGUCAUCAUUGGCAGUCGGCAGCCGGAGAUGCGAAAUCUGUUGGUGGACCAAUGCUUCUGCAACUUCAACAUAACCUCAGUGGCGGAGUGCAUCGAGCAAUGCAACAUAAUAAUAUUGGCGAUUCAUGCCGAGAAUUACAAAGACACGCUGUUUUCACACAGGACGCUUUUUUCGUCGAAAAUUCUCGUGGAUGUUUCCAAUAGAUUAGCCACCACAAAAUCAAAGGACCAGUCUUACGCCGAGUAUCUAUCUACGCUGUUUCCGGCUGCGCGCGUGGUCAAGGCUUUUAACACAAUUCCAGCGUGUGAGAUGAAGCGCAAUGCAAUGCGGGACAACAGCCGGGUGCUGAUAGCCGGUAGUGACAUGGAAGCCAAAGAUAUUGUGUCAAGACUGGCUACGAAUAUGGGGUUUCAUCCCGUCGACACUGGCUCCCUGAAAGCCGCCCGGGAGAUAGAAAAUUAUAACCUGCGGCUGUUUCCGGAAUGGCGAGGAGCUGCGUUCGUCACGGUGGCAAUUUUCAAUCUGUGGUUAAUCUACGUGAUUCUCAUGAUCUUUGCUGAGAGACGGACUGAAAGUUGGAAUCAAUUAUUUUUAAAAGUUAUCAACAAGCCUCUCUGUCUUACGGCGAUUUCUCUCAUGGGCUUAGCGCAAAUUCCCGGCCCUUUAGGGACGCUUGUGCGGGCAUCUGUAGGGGGCUCGCGAAAGUCACCGACCUGGUUUAAAAAGUGGAGUUCGUCAAAGACACAGUUCGGAAUGUUCAGCUGGGUUCUAAUGGGCAUGCAUGUACUGAUGUCCGUUCUCCUUACAAACAAUACUUAUUUCCCUGCGUUGUACGAGACGCUGAGCGACGACCGACGCUGUAAUGUCACAAAAUCUUCCACGAAGACUGUUUCCGAAUGGAUGAACUGGAAAGGGGAAGCCGGGCUACUUUUAGGACUAUUAGCCACCGUGGCUGUAUGCGUGGUAGCGUUUUCUACCAUUCCAGGAAUCCGCAACACCCUAAACUGGCGCGAGAGGCGCUUUACGCAAUCAACAAUGAACUUCGCCGCGCUUUUUCUCGCCGCAUGCCAUGUGGUCAUGACGGCGAUAGCUGACUGGACGAGCAACGUUGUGUGGCCGUUUUAUCACAGUACCUCGUUUUUGUGUAUCAUGUUACCAGCUGCUGCCAUUUUGUUGGGAAUUUUGACAGCGUGCCCUUGUGUUGUGAACUGUGUGAAAAAGAGAACAGCUGGGGUACGGUUUUAUGAUGUUGGUAAGACCUGUCAGUGUUCCACGCAGAGUAAAGGCACCUCUAUGACUCCAAUGCAGUCUGAAAUAACUAUUUUCCACGAGAGACAGCGGCUGUCAGACAGAGUUAAAUACAAAACAUUAUUAGAACAGGAAUGAUCUUUGUGAAACAAAGAAUCUAUCAUUUUCAGGUAUAAUUUUCGCAUUGUUGUCCAUGUAUAGAACUAUUUUUCCAAUGCUAAAAUCAAGGCUGGGCCAGUUAAAGUCCUAAGUCCUUGCUUUUAAAAUAGUUACGUUAUUAAACACAGGUACUUUGCCGAACACAGGGCAGGCAGAAAUGUCCUAGUCAGUGUGAGACAAGGGAGAUAACUGGUCUGAAACGGAGAACAUUUUAGUGGAUCCAUUUGACUUCCAACCCGUGAAUAAUACUGGGAUUUGAAUCGGAAGCCAGAAGCAACACACAACAGAGUAGAUCCCAUUUUCCUAUUGUCAUUCGAUUGCACUUUAACCACUAUAAUCGUUUCUUGAAACUGAAUUAGAUAAAUGUAACUUGAGGUACCAAAGCCUUGCCUGACACUCAGUAGAUGUAUAUCAGAUCAAUAAUAACUGUAAACUGUUUUGAUUAAAAAUGUUUCAUUUAUAUUUCCUUUUUGUAUAGAUGGUGUUCUGUUUAUCAAAAGCUUUUUUCCGAAAAUUGAUUUUACGACGCAUCAUUCAAAUUGUUAGGAAGCAAUAUCACGCUUGACAGCAUAUUAUUUAUUUAUAUAUAAUAUGACUGCAUUACUUUGCUUAUAUGCGGCUAGUCGUUACUUGCACUGUAACGAUUGCACAGAUUGUAACAGAUUGCACUGAUAUUUUCCAACUUGAUAAAGGUACUUGUAACUUUUAAAAUCCUGAUUGGUGAUUUAUAGUACAAAUCAGUCGAACAAUCUGUGCGAACUACUUGAAAAAUUAUUUUAAAAAAUA